UUCGUCCCCUGUCCCUGCGUUACAUCCCACGCAUCCUCCAUAAGUAGCCCACCUUCCUCCCUUCUUCUCUUCAUCCCAUUACCAGCCUCCAGUCUCUCUUUCUCUUCUCUCUCCCUCUGCUACCACUUACAAGGGCGAGAAAUGGCUACUCCCAGCGUGAUUUCAAGUCUUUUACUUUUGCUCAUCUCGUGUUUGAUGCUUGUCGACGCCAGAAUCCCUGGCGUUUAUAGUGGAGGGCCAUGGCAGAACGCCCAUGCUACUUUCUACGGUGGGAGCGACGCCUCUGGAACUAUGGGCGGAGCUUGUGGGUACGGCAACCUGUACAGCCAAGGCUAUGGCGUGAACACAGCGGCACUGAGCACUGCCCUAUUCAACAAUGGCCUGAGCUGCGGUGCAUGCUUCGAGAUCAAAUGCGCAAACGACCCUCAGUGGUGCCACCCCGGCGGCCCCUCCAUUCUCAUUACGGCUACCAACUUCUGUCCACCGAACUUCGCUCUCCCCAGCGACAACGGUGGUUGGUGCAAUCCCCCUCGUCCUCACUUUGAUCUGGCCAUGCCCAUGUUCCUAAAGAUUGCUGAGUACCGUGCCGGUAUCGUUCCCGUCGCAUAUCGAAGGGUGCCAUGCCGCAAGCACGGAGGAAUCAGGUUUACAAUCAACGGCUUCCGUUACUUCAACUUGGUCCUGGUCACCAACGUCGCCGGAGCAGGUGACAUCGUGAAGGUGAGCGUGAAAGGAUCGAACACAGGGUGGUUGACCAUGAGCCGUAACUGGGGCCAGAACUGGCAAUCAAACGCAGUCUUGGUAGGCCAGGCGCUUUCGUUCCGCAUCACCGGCAGCGAUCACCGCACCUCGACCUCGUGGAACGUCGCUCCAGCCAAUUGGCAGUUCGGUCAAACCUUCACCGGGAAGAAUUUCAGAGUCUAGGAUUUCGUUAAUUUUUUUUUUUUCAAAAUUCCCGCGUCGGGAAUUUUUAUUUUAUUUUUUACUUUGGCGCCAUUUUAGAUGCUGCUUUCCUUUUUUUAUCUGGGAAGUUAAAAGUAAUAGGGAAAAGGGGUGAGAGUAAAAAGGGUGUAUGUGUAAGUGUUGGAUAUGUGAAGUGAAACUCUUUUUUUGA